AAUCUACUGCUAUAAAUGAACUCGGCAUAACACCAUUAGAUAACACGAAGAAGCUCGAGUUAAUCUCGAAAAGCUUCGGGAAAAAAUGGCGAGUAUUGCAGCCAGAACGUGCUCCAAAGACCAUACGGUUGAAGAGUUCAAACCUUCUGCCGGGUGGAUCGAGGACUCGAAUUGCCAUUACCUCCUUGUUGAUCUUCCUGAUUUCAAGAAAGAUGACAUCAAGAUUGAGACCGAUAGCGCCGAUUACAUAACGGUCAGCGGGGAAAGACUGGUGGAAGACAACAAGUACAUUUUCUUCGAAGAAACCUUCAAAGUUCCGGAGAACUCGGACAUCCUUAAGACGAGCAGAAGAAUUGAAGAUGGACUUCUCACCGUGACGGUGUCUAAGCGAGCUACAACCGUGGUGGAGAAGGAAGAGACCGUGCACCAUGAGCAAGACUUGAACAAAGAAAGCCACGACGAAGCCCACAAGCUACCCGAGAGCAAAGCGAGAGGGAGAAAACCUAGCGGAGAAUGUCGCUACAGCGAUGAGAUCAUUGAGAAAUGGGGAGAAGAGAGGAGCAUCUUCAGCAGCGCAAUGAAGAUGCUUAACAGGAACCGGGGGGUUCUCAUUACGGCUGCUUUAGCAUUCUCUCUCGGGAUCUGGGUAUCGUGUAAACUCAAUCUGGAUGGCCAUGAGAAAGCACUUGAAUGAUUUACUAUCCAGAGGUUAUAUGUCUCAGAAGUAGUCGGCAAUAAGAGCACCCUCAAGAACAUGAAAUAAUGACCAUUCAUUUA